AUGGGCCAGUUGGAAACAAUUAUCGGGUCGGUGGUUGUAGCAAGUACGGCAUUCGCAUCUUACGUUCUUAUGAUGGUGGCCGAGCACACCAAGCCCCAUAUACCAGAGGAUUGCACCUCCACGCCUGCCGCCUGCGGCGUUUCCCCAGGUCCAACAGUGGGCCUUGGGAUUGCCGCCAUAGUCUGCUGCUUUCUAGCAGCUUGCUUCGCCCAGGUGGCCGUUCGUGGGCCCCACAAGGCAUAUCUAUCGAUGAGCAAGGCGUUUGUGAAGCACCACCGGUGGGGGGUCUCCAUCUGGUACUGCCUAGCGUGGUGCUUCACGCUUGUACCGGUGUGCUACAGCUCAUAUCUAGUCUGGGAGCAAUCAACAGGCAGUGGGGCAGUCCCAGUUGGGCUGUUUGCGGGCAUGGGGCUCAUAAUGCUGUGUUCAGGAGUGCUGUGGGUGGGCUUCGUAGCCAUGAACUUCAACGCCGAUAGGCUCAUUCUCAGCGGGAUAGUGGAGGACGAGGAUGAGGAUUUUACCAUGUUCUUCCCGCCACGAGCUCAGUAG